UCGUCAUCCCUCGCCAUGCCCCUCGCGCCAUCCCCCGCGCCGGCGGCGGUGCACCACCCGCUCCUCCCCUCCCGGGGGCUCGCCCCGCCGCGGCGCGGCGGGCUCAUCCGCGCCCACGCGGUGCGCGCGGCGCCGCGGCCGCCGAGCCAGUGGGCGCCGGGCAGCUGGCGGGAGCGCCCGGCGCUGCAGCAGCCGGAGUACCCGGACAAGGCCGGGCUGGAGGAGGUGCUGCGGACGGUCGAGGCCUUCCCGCCGAUCGUCUUCGCCGGGGAGGCGCGCAACCUGGAGGAUCGGCUCGCGGAGGCGGCCCUCGGCCGGGCCUUCCUCCUCAUGGGCGGCGACUGCGCCGAGAGCUUCAAGGAGUUCAACGCCAACAACAUCCGGGACACCUUCCGCGUCCUCCUCCAGAUGUCCGUCGUGCUCAUGUUCGGUGGGCAGAUGCCCAUCAUCAAGGUAGGAAGAAUGGCAGGUCAAUUUGCAAAGCCAAGAUCAGAUGGCUUUGAAGAGCGGGAUGGAGUGAAGUUGCCUAGCUACAGAGGAGACAACAUUAAUGGGGAUAUAUUUGAUGAGAAGUCAAGAGUGCCAGAUCCACAGCGCAUGAUCAGGGCGUACUCACAGUCAGCAGCAACACUGAAUUUGCUCCGAGCGUUUGCUACUGGAGGUUAUGCCGCCAUGCAGAGGGUAACACAGUGGAAUCUUGACUUCACAGAGAAAAGUGAACAGGGUGAUAGGUACAUGGAGCUGGCUCAUCGAGUUGACGAGGCUUUGGGGUUCAUGUCAGCUGCUGGGCUCACUGUAGAUCACCCUAUAAUGAGAACGACAGAAUUCUGGACAUCACAUGAAUGUCUUCUUCUUCCCUAUGAGCAGGCACUUACUCGUGAGGAUUCCACCUCUGGCCUCUAUUAUGACUGUUCUGCCCACUUCCUGUGGGCUGGAGAGCGUACUCGCCAGCUUGAUGGCGCCCAUGUGGAGUUUCUCAGAGGCAUUGCCAACCCCCUGGGUAUCAAGGUCAGCGACAAAAUGGACCCCCAAGAACUUGUGAAGUUGAUUGAUAUCUUGAACCCUGAAAACAGGCCGGGAAGAAUAACUAUCAUCACGAGAAUGGGACCUGAGAACAUGAGAGUCAAACUCCCCCACCUCAUCCGUGCUGUUCGUGGUGCUGGCCAGAUAGUAACAUGGGUGACUGACCCAAUGCAUGGGAACACAAUGAAAGCCCCUUGUGGCCUUAAGACGCGCUCCUUCGACAGAAUUUUGGCUGAGGUGCGUGCAUUCUUUGAUGUCCACGAGCAAGAAGGGAGCCACCCUGGGGGAGUUCAUCUGGAGAUGACCGGACAAAACGUGACGGAGUGCAUUGGCGGUUCACGCACGGUGACGUUCGAUGAUCUGAGUUCACGCUACCACACGCACUGUGAUCCAAGGCUCAACGCCUCGCAGGCGCUGGAGCUGUCAUUCAUCAUCGCUGAACGCCUCCGGAGGAGGAGGGCCGCCUCGUGGGCCUUGGACAAUCAGCGGGGCUCCGUUCCUUCGUCCAUGGGACUUUGAAGGGACACUGUAAAUUUAUAUGAGAAAUAUCAACAUCUUCUGUAAAAUUUCCUGUUGCUUUUUUUUUUGCGAAAAAAUUUCCUGUUGCUUCUCUACUAACUUCACAUCAUAGUUGUCUCAGUUUUUAUUUUUACUUGUACGUAUGAAGUAUGAACAAUACUUUGCAAGAAGGAUGAGAUCAAUUACUCCCCUCCAUCUAA